AUGAUAUGGACCUCGGAAGAAACGCAGAUCGUGAUUGCGGCCGCGAUCUGUACCCUUCAGGUUCUCAUCCGCUCCUUUGUGCGUAUUGGCGGGACGUUGAAAUGGUUCUCUACUACGCAGCAGCAGAGGUGGCAUGCCGAUGAUACCUGGAUGGCCGUCUCUCUCCUCCCGUUAUUUCUUAGAACCAUAUGCAUGUGCAAGAACUUUUCUUUCGAGCAACCGCUCUCAAAGGAGGAUGAAGAAUCAUUUCAAAAACUUGUCAUGGCGGCCCGCGUGACUUAUGCAAUGUUUCUAUGGUGCAUGAAACUAUGCCUUCUCCAGUUCUAUACUCGACUGGAAACCGGGUCAAUCCGAGUCCAUCGGGCUAUUCAGCUUCUACGGGCGUUUAUAUUCCUAACAUUCAUCAUUAUCAUCCUUGCGACAUUACUUGAAUGCCGACCUAUAUAUGUUGCUUGGAGACCAGAGUAUACCCAUCAUUCGUGUCGAAAGGGAACCGUGAACCUCCUUUGCAUGGCAUCAUUGAACAUAAUAACUGACCUUGCGCUUAUUCUAUUUCCAAUACCACUUCUCUGGAGGAUGAGUGCUCUUAAAUUUCAGACCAAGGUCCAAUUAACCCUCCUUUUCCUUGUUGGCACGCUGGUUGUAGCAAUUACCAUCACCAGAAUACCUCUGAUUCUCAGUCAUUCGGUCUCCCAGCAGUCUCGAACUCUGUGGGCCUCAGUUGAGAUUGUCUGUUCGGCAGUCACAGCCAACGCGGCAUUCUACUACGCUCUAUGGAAAGAAAGUCAUCAAUUCUUCCAUCGCUUUGCGCGUCCAGCAGAUCAACUCACUUCACAGCUCCAAACUCCGGAAAUCUCAUCUAGGGGCCUCGGAACUCCUCGUAUCUGGGUUUCGAGAAUUAGUGAAUCCACAACAGGAUGUAGAGACAGCUUCGACAUCGCGGAAUACCACCUACAGCUGACUACACCUAACAGCUCCUUCUUCUCCCACCUGGAUAGAUUGGAAGCAGGAGAACAACUAGUGGGCAAGGGGUGA